AUGGCCACUCCUCUUGAAACCGUGGCAAUGGCAAAUGAUCCCUUUAACGAGCAAUCUCGUGCCGAAGAAGCCCGCGAGCGUCGUCACCGUGCCUUGGCCAAAAUCGAUGAUGCCCCCUUCGGCUUGCAGCACAUUCGCGCUGUGAUCGUCGCCGGUGUUGGUUUCUUCACGGACAGCUAUGACAUCUUCGCCAUCAAUUUGGCUGUCAGCAUGCUGGGUGUUGUCUACUGGCAGGGCGAUUACAAGGGCAAGAUUCCCUCUGCUUCCGACACUGCUAUCAAGGUCUCGACUUCCGGUGGAACUGUCAUCGGCCAGCUUUUCUUCGGUUGGCUUGCUGAUCGGGUUGGUCGCAAGCGAAUGUAUGGUAUUGAGUUGAUGAUCAUUAUCAUGGCUACUCUUGCUCAGGCUUUGUCGUCCGCUUCUGUUGCUGUCUCUAUUACUGGCUUGCUUGUCUUCUGGCGUGUUAUUAUGGGUAUUGGAAUUGGUGGAGAUUAUCCUCUUUCCUCCGUUAUCACCUCAGAGUUUGCGACUACAAAAUGGCGUGGUGCCAUGAUGGGUGCAGUCUUCGCCAUGCAAGGAUUCGGACAGUUCGCUGCUGCUAUUAUGGCUUUGAUUGUCACUGCCGGCUUCAAGGAAUCUCUUGAGACUGCCAAAGAUGUCGGUCACUGUACUGGUGUCUGUCAGUUGGCAGUUGACAAGAUGUGGCGGGUGGUCAUCGGCUUCGGGGCCGUUCCUGCCUGUUUCGCCCUUUACUACCGCCUGACCAUUCCUGAGACUCCCCGUUUCACUUACGAUGUCCAACAUGAUCUUCUCAAGGCCGAUGAAGACAUCAAUGUCUAUCUUAAGGGCCAAAGUGAAGGCCAUCCUGAUGAGGUUGAUCGUGCUCGAGUCUUGCACGAUACCACGUUUGCGCCUCCUCAGCCUGGCUGGCGAGACUUCGUCGAUCACUUCAGUCAGUGGAAGCAUGGCAAGGUUCUUCUUGGUACAGCUGGGUCGUGGUUCUUCCUUGAUGUCGCCUUCUACGGUCUGGGUCUCAACAACUCCAUUAUCCUGUCCGCUAUUGGUUGGACUGGAGGCAAGAAUGUCUACGAAGUCUUCUAUCGCAAUGCGGUAGGCAAUCUGAUUCUGAUCUGUGCCGGCGCCAUCCCCGGCUACUGGGUCACCGUUGCGACUGUCGACACCAUCGGCCGCAAGCCCAUUCAGCUACUGGGAUUCGGAAUGCUUACAAUCUUGUUCGUCAUCAUCGGAUUUGCUUACAAUAAAUUGAUCCACACCCACAACGGUCUUCUCGCUCUGUAUGUCAUUGCCCAGUUCUUCUUCAACUUCGGACCCAAUGCCACUACAUUUAUCGUGCCCGGCGAAUGCUUCCCGACCAGAUACCGAUCCACCUCGCACGGAAUCAGUGCUGCAGCGGGCAAGGUUGGGGCAAUCAUUGCCCAGUGUGUCUUCGGUCCCCUCGUCCACCGCGGCGCAAAGAAACCCGACGACUCACCCUGGCUCAACCAUGUCAUGCAGAUCUUCUCUUUGUUCAUGCUGUGUGGCUUUGCUACUUCUUGGUUGAUCCCUGAGACCAAGCGCCAGACUCUGGAGGUUCUCUCUGGGGAGCCCAAGACUUCUACGCCCGCCAGCCCUUACAUGUUUGCCAAGGAUAAGGGCAAGGAUGGCCUCCAGACUCCCCAGGCAGUCACCACCUCUAUCCACGCCGAUUAG